GGCCGUCUCGCUUCCGUUGAGGAGGCAACAUGGCGGCGCCCUUAUCUUUAUUGCUCGAGUUCGGUGGUGGCGCAGAACUGCUGUUUGAUGGCAUCAAGAAGCAUAAUGUGACUCUGCCUAACCAAUCAAAUCCUUGGAACAUCAGACAGUUGUUGGUGUGGAUCAAACAGAAUCUGUUGAAGGAACGUCCGGAGCUGUUCAUUCAGGGAGAGACAGUGCGUCCUGGAAUCCUUGUUCUCAUCAAUGAUUCAGACUGGGAACUCAUGGGAGAGCUGGACUACCAAUUGGAAAAUGAAGACAACGUGGUGUUUAUCUCAACGUUACAUGGAGGAUAAAUAAAGGGACCCAAUGGGAACCAACAUAUUUUAAUAACUACAAGGUCGGCUCUCGUAUCAGCUUCAGCUGUGAGCAUGAGACACUUCCUGGAAAGGCCUACAUUUUCAAAUGGAAUAUAUUUAUAUAAAAACUGCCAUAAUUCUCUGUAAGGAGAUAAUCUAUUCUUUGUUAUAUAUGUUUUUUUGUUAUUUGAUUUUAUAUAUCUUUUUUUUUUUCUUUUGUACUUCUGUACGUUAUUGUACUUCUGGUACAUAGAACCAAGAAUAUCGUGCCUCGUCACACUUAACAUUUUUUGUUGUUGUUGCUCAAUUGAUUAUGCCAAAAAGAACCUAGUAAACCUUUUUUUGUAUUCU